AUGUCUGUUGUUGAGAAUCUUUCUCUUGAACAACCGAGAGCCAAAAGACAAAGAAUCGAACCCGUGAUCAACAAGUCUUCUUCUUGUUCUAGUAGAUGUCGCCACUGGUUCGUUCGUUACGGAAUCUGCACCACCUGCAAAUCAACGGUUGACAAAAGCCAAGGCAGAGCAUUCGAUUAUCUUUCCCAUGGUUUACAGCUAAGCCACGAGGCUGUAGCCGUUACUAAACACCUUACCACACUAGUCUCUUGUUCCAACGAGAAGAAACUCCACUUAGUCCUUGACUUGGACCACACGCUUCUCCACACCACUCGCGCUCCACUUCUCACCGAAGCAGAGAAGUAUCUAAUCCAAGAAGCGGCUUCAAAUACAAGGCAAGAUCUAUUCAUCUGGAAAGUUCCAGAUGAUCUCAUGGUGUUCUUGACAAAGCUAAGGCCUUUUCUUCGUGAGUUCUUGGAAGAAGCAAACAAGAUGUUCACAAUCUAUGCUUACACAAUGGGUAAUCGAGAUUACGCUAAAUUCGUCUUGGACUUUAUUGAUCCGAAGCGAGUCUAUUUCGGGGAAAGAGUGAUAACUAGAGACGAGAGUCCUUACAUGAAGACGCUUGACUUGGUUUUGGCUCAUGAACGUGGAGUGGUGAUAGUAGAUGAUACACGUGAUGUGUGGCCUGAUCACAAGCGUAACUUGAUUGAAAUUAGCAGAUACAAGUAUUUUAGAAUGAACAAUAGCAAACACUCAAAGCCAUACUCUGAGGAGAAGACAGAUGAAAGUGAAAACGGUGGUGGAUUGGCUAAUGUUUUGAAGUUGCUUAAAGAAGUUCACUGUGCAUUCUUUAGAGUCAUCAAUGAAAAGGAGUUGGAAGCAAAAGACGUGAGGUUGCUGCUACAAGAGAUGGAAUUCACUAGUGUCGACAAAGAAUCUUUGAUUCGGUAG